AUGAAGCCUACAGUAUUAGCAGCCUUGAGGUUGUGCGGCCUCCUUUCGGGGAUCUCGCAGACAGUUCAUGCCUUCUCGGAGACUGCGGCAUAUGUUUCCAAAACUGCGCCUACUCCAACUUGCCUGCCGCGGUAUCUGGGGGCUGAAUCGAGCACAAAAAAAGCUAGCCCGCCGUGGGGUAACCGGACAUGCGAAUCUGACCCUGAAAAUGUGCCUGACACUGGCGUCGUACGGAAAUACGAGUGGACGAUACAACGAGCUGUCCUAGCACCAGAUGGAUUUGAACAGACGCUUCUUACUGUCAAUGGCCAAUUCCCUGGACCUCUCGUUGAAGCCAAUUGGGGUGACAUUGUAGAGAUCACCGUCCACAACAACAUCACAGACCCGGAAGAAGGCACAGCAAUGCAUUGGCAUGGCAUACACCAGCAGGGGACUGGACUCAUGGACGGAGUCAGCGGUAUCACACAAUGCCCCAUUGUGCCUGGCGGUAGCUUCACGUAUCGAUGGAGAGCCAGUACGUAUGGCUCAACCUGGUACCAUGGUCAUCACGCAUUGCAAUAUGGCGGAGGGUUGUGGGGUCCUAUGGUCAUUUAUGGCCCUUCCCACGUCAAAUACGACCUCGACCUGGGCCCUGUUACACUGUCCGACUACUAUCACUACCCUUAUGAGACAAUCGCCAGGGAUGCGAUCUCAACCAGUAACGACACCAAUGUGUACGCACCACAGUCGAACAACCACCUAAUCAACGGAAUGAACCACUUCAAUUGCUCCCUGGCCCCCGCGAACGCGACUUGCAAGAGUGAUGCUCCACGCGCAUCCUUGAGGUUCAAGUCUGGCAAGGUUCACAAGCUCCGACUGAUCAACACAAGUGUUGAAGCUAUGCAGAUCUUUUCCAUCGACGGCCACAAGCUCAUUGUUACCACGAUGGACUUUGUACCUGUGGAGCCUUACGAAGUGGAAUACAUCAUCUUGGGCGUUGGAAUGAGAGCUGAAGUUCUCGUCAAUGGUGAUGGAGACCCGAAGCGGUCUUACUACAUGCGCUCGAGGAUCCAAUGUGCUGCCACCAAAGUCAAUGAGACACUUGGAACAAUCUAUUACGACGAGACGCCUACCACGGUUGUUCCGGCCACGAAGACCGUUGAGGCUCUGCCAAACUUCUCUUCGACAUGCGGUGAUCCUGAUCUUCACAAGAAGAAGCCGAUUUACAAGAAAAGGGUUGCCAAGCCUGAUCUGACUCUCCUCUACGACAUCGAGUUCAGACCAAACGCCACCGGAAAUCACCAAUGGUUAAUGAACAACGUCACUUUCCUAGCCGACUGGAGUCGCCCAUUGUAUAUCGAGGCUGUGGAUGGGCAUACCGAGUAUCUCAAGGACCCCCAACACAUCUUGGCGACGAUUCCUGAUGAUGUCCGCCACGUGCGAGUGGUCCUCAAUAACCACUUCUCCGUCCAUCCAAUGCAUAUCCACGGCGGGGACUUCCAGAUCUUGAGCGAAUCGGAUGGGUUCUACAACGGCAGUCUGAAGUACCCCAAGAACCCGGCCCGCGCUGACACGGAACUUCUCCGGCGUAAAGGCAAUCUCGUCGUUCAGUUUGAAGCGAAGAACCCGGGAGUAUGGAGCUUCCACUGCCAUACUGCGUGGCAUGCUAGCGUUGGCCUCUACAUCAACUUCUUGGUUAAGCCCAAGACAGUUCGGCAGGAUAAGAUCCCUGAAGAUGUGCGCGAGAUAUGCGCAGCUUGGGAUGACUACAGACAAUUGAAUGGCGAGGGUGCUUUACCGUUUGAUAGUGGGCUACGAUAA